UAUUAUCAAAAACUUUUAUCACAGAAGAAUUAAUUAAUUAAUUUAGAAGAAACUGAAACAUAACCAAUAUAGGUUAUGUUUCUCACUGUCAAGAGCUUAUAAUUUGUGUCAUAAAUUCUUCUGAAAUAAAUCUUUUUAUCACUAUAUUUAAUAAAAGCAAAGAACAUGAUUUCUGAUGAAUGUAAACAACGUCGUACGUGGAAUAACAUAAAAAUAAAUAAUGAUACUUAUAUGGUUUCUGUUACCCAGGAAGAUGACACAAUUAAAGUUUUUUUAACUAAUCUUAUUGAAAUAUGGAUGGAUACACUGACAAAAGAAAUUAUUUUAGACAGAUGUCGGAAAUUGAAUCCACUUUUAAAUAUUGAGGAUCUUAACUAUUACAAUGUUAUAUUAAACAUUUUGAACAAUAUGCCAAGAAACAUUAUCAAUGCAUCUGUGGAACAUAUAAAGUUACGAGCUGAAAUAGAUGGUGGUACGAUGAAAUUUGAUGUAAAUUUAACCAAAGGAACAUCUCAAGAUUUUUGGGAAAUUAUAACUAAGCCUCUAUGUAUAUCGUCAAUGGAAAUUAGUCGUCAGCAUAAAUUUCUUUUAGAUUUAGUGAAAAGGAAGGAUGAAGAAAUUUCUGAAUACAAAGUAGAAGGAGCAGAGUUAAUAAGAAAGCAUAUUGAAACAAAAUGUUUUAAAGAGGAGCAACUUAAAAUAACAAUUCUUGAUCCAAAUAUUAUUGAUUGUACAAAUAUAUUCCAAAGUGCGAUGAAUUUUUAUAAUGAAUUUACUUUAUAUGAAUAUAAUAAAACUUCUACAGAAUCUACAAGCAGCAAUAACGAUGACACGCAGGAAAUGGUGCAAAAUAGAUUUGUUCAGAAUGAUAGUAAAAAUAUAUGUAAUUCUGAUACUACUGUGCAAAGAAUCACAGAAUCUGUAUAUUCAGAAAAUAAAAAGCAAAACAAAGAUACAACUAGCAAGAAAGUAACCACUAAUAAAAUUGGAACUGCAAAUAUAUCAUACAGACCGCCCAAAAAGUUAAAAAAAGGUUUGAAUGAACCUAUAUUAUAAAAUAUAAUAUCUAAAACUUAUAAAAAGAGAAUAAUUGAAAUAUGUAUAAUAUCCAGAGAAAAAGGUAUUCGAUAAAAAUUAUUGAAAUACUUUUUCUUCCUACGUUUAUUAAUCUAAAUAGUAAUUAAAGCAAAACUUUACUUUAGCUACUAAUUAUAGUGAAAUUGUAGAUAUACAUAUUUGAUAUACUUAUAUAUAUAUAUAUAUAUAUAUAUAAUAUAAAGC